GUCUAGAUCCGCCACUGAUCGUACGUGACGAUAAUAAUUGCACCUCAAAAUUGCGGCAAAUUACGUCAGAAAACUGUAUUACCACGUACAACUAUAGUAGUGGUUUUCAAGGACGCGUUGCCAGCAUGUCUGUUGGCAGCGUUGGAAGCCACUGCAACCUUCAACGCAAUAUGACGGCAUAUUGAAUGCGGUGCGGGGUAGGAGGUAGGCAAUGCGACCAUGCGGCGAGCAGCGAGAAAGAGAAACAUUCAGUCAACGGUUUAUUGCGAUGGUGAAGUGUGAGUGGUGAUUCAUUUUUCUUUUUCUAUCGUAAUAUAACUGAUAAAACAGCGUAAUGUUUUCUGGACUAAAACACAUUGAAUGGACAAUUGAGCAGGACCUAAUAUUGAUAGAGUUCGUUAGAACCCAUGAAUGUUUGUAUAAUGUUAAACGUACAGACUACAGGAACAUCCAACUAAAACAAAGUUUAUGGAAAGAAAUAGCCCAGAUACUUCAAUUAACAGAUAUUGAUUGCAGCAAGAGGUGGGGAUAUGUAAGAGAUUACUACAUAAAAAGACGAGGCAAGAUAGGCCCGGGUCCAACUGGGGAAGCAGCGAGGAAAAGAUCGGACAAGCUGUCAUUCUUAGAUAAAAUCUCUUCGGGGAAGAGGAGUACUCUCAGCAAUAUAGAGCAGUCUGAGUCUCAACACAGUGUGGAAAAUAGCACGGCGCAUUAUAGAAAUGAAGACAACCACAUGGAGCUAAAACCGUCUGAAUUACUUAUUACCGAACUUGAAACUAGCAACGAUAUUUCAGAUAUCCAAGAAGACGAAGCUGAAAUUAUAAACAUUCAAAGAGUUAAUAAACACAAAUAUGACUAUACAAUUACCUCUUCAUCUGCAGAUGAACGUUUGAAGAUAUUAAAAAAAAUAUCUGAAAGGCAAGAUCUAAAAAAUAUGGAAAAGCAAGAUGAAAAUGACUUAUUCUUUGCAUCAAUGGCGAAAAUAUGUAAACAGUUGCCAAAAAUAGUUCAGGCUAGGCUCCGAAUGCAAAUUGGAAAUUUAGUAGGAAACGCAGAGAUUGAACAACUAUCAUCAUUGAUACUAAAAACAGCGUAUGCAUACCUGACGUUCGUUUAUAACUAUAAAGAGGAGAUUAUGGACUAAAUUAUGGCUUUGUCUACGGUUAUUAUGCUUUCCUCCAUUUAUAAGUUGGAUAAUACUAUUUUAGUCUAGUUUAUGGCUUCGGCAAUGGUUUUACUUGUGCUGUCUAUCAACUGAAUACUAGCUAAUAAAAUGCACUUAUAUCAA